UACAGCCUUAUUAGACUUUAUACUUCUGGCCUUUUUACUAGACAAUGUCAGCGUGGGCAGGUUAGGAGAAUCAGGUUAGAAGGUGGUGAGAGUUUCUUUGGGUCCUUCAGCUCCCACCUUGUUUCAGAAGCUGCUCCCUAAGGAGCCAGUGAUCCCACCUGGAUUUUCCCAAUUUUCCCCUUGUUCUGAAUCCCUGGCACUCUUUGGGCAGAGUGAUCCGGAACCGGAGCCUGGUCUGUUCUUGAUUCAGAGAUGUUGCUGCUUCUGUUUCUCUCAGCCAUAGAGGGGCUCCAGAACUUGCCACCACCUCAUUACAUGCAAAUGCCAGGGGCAGUGACAGUGCAGGAGGGCUUGUGCAUCACUAUUGUCUGUACUUUCCAUCACCGUCCAACCUCCUCUUCUCCAAUUCAUGGAUACUGGUUGAAGGUGGAGCCUGGUACCAAUCAAGGCAAACCUGUGGCUACAAAUGAUCCAAUGCGAGAGGUGCAGGAGGAGUUUAGGGGACGAUUCCACCUGGUCGGGGACCCUCUGAAGAAGAACUGCACACUGCGCGUCACAGACGCUCGGAAAGAAGACAGUGGGAAAUAUUACUUUGACAUUAAAAUUGGAGGGGAAAAAUUCACUUACAUCGAUUAUAAACUUGACCUGAAGGUCACAGACCUGACAGAGAAGCCAGUCAUCUACAGUCCAGAGCCCCUGGAGGAGGGCCAGCUGGCGACCUUGCUCUGUUUAGCCCCCUCGGUAUGUAGGGAGGGGAUACCCCCGACCUUCUCCUGGAGCGGGGCCGCUGUCCCUUCCCAGCAGCCCAGACAAACCUUCUAUUUCUCUGAGCUGUCCUUUGUGCCAAAGCUCCAGGACCAUGGCAGCAACCUCACCUGUGGGAUGACCUUCCCUGGAGCCGGUGGGAGAGCUCUCACCGAGAGAGCCGUCCAGCUCAAUGUAACCUCUAAAACAAAGCCAGACCUUUUCACCACAGGGGCACUUUUGGGAUCUGGAGUCACAGCCUUUCUCAUUUUGUGUCUCAUCCUAGCAUGUGUGAAGUUUCUGAGAAAGAAGAAGCCGGCAGAGGACGGAGAGGUCCAGGAGAGGAAGGAGGUGGAUUGUAAUGAUCAAGUUCCUGGAGUCUCUUUGGAUCAACAGAGGGAUUCCAGACCUCCCACCCCUGACCCAACCACACAGUCGUCCUCAGGAGAGCUGUAUUAUGCAACCAUCAACUUUGGGAGACCCAAGUCCUGAGAAGACCUGGAGAGCCAGAACCCAGGGAGUCUCAGGGGCCAAACCCAACCUUUCAAGAAAGGUUCCUUCCCUAGGAGGUAUCUGGGACUCAUGGGGAAGGAGAAGAAAUAAAGAGAAUCCCUUCUCAUUCAUGCUUAGAAGAUGCUCAUUUGCUCUUUCUGGAGCCCUCAAGCCCUUUUCUUCUCUGCUCCCCCUGAUGUUCUAUUAACUGAAGCAGUUUUCCUUCUGCACUUCUCAGGAGUGGAGAGAGAGGGCAUUAGAGAAUUAGGGAAGCAGAGACUUUUUUCAGGAAUAUUCCUUUUUUUUCUCUAGGCUACUUCUCAAUGGGACAAAACCCCGACUAUUUUAAUUACUUAAUUAAUUAAUUAUCAUAGUACACUGAAUAUCAGAGGUUGGAGGACCCUUGUCUGAUAUAUAUUUUGGAACUGUCAUGUCCCCUCACGCUUUCAUUGUUUUAGGUACUGAGAAUCGGUAUACUAGUUUUCCUAGGGGAGUAACCCCUACAUACUGGGUUUUUUCCUAGUUCUUAUGAACCCUCAAUAGUGUGCAUUCCAACAUGACUGACAGUUGAUAUCAAACAGUCAACCAGACUUAAAGUAAUGAUUUAUUUGUUUAUACUAAUAAUAUACUAUGCAAUAUAUAUAACAAUA